AUGCAAGAGACAACGAAUCUAGCCAAGCCGACGCCCACGCGCCGUCGUCAGGGUCGGGGCGCUGGUGGCAAGGCUACCGGUCAGAAGAUGUACGCAUCCGAAAAUGACGUGGCGAGCGUCUCCAACCUCGCCCACGAGCAAAACAGCCAUCCUCAUACCCCUCAAAAGUCGUACUCUGGCUCUCCCGAGCCGCAGUCCGGUACUGGUAACCAGACUGGCUCCAAGCAACGCUCGCGUAACAAACCCCGAACCAGGAAUGCCAAUCCCAACACGGUAGCCUCACCCGAAGUCACUCGCCAGAACCGCCACUCGACUCCUCAGAACAUCCCCGUCAAUGCUAAGCCAACAGCAGCCGCUGCCUUUGCCGGCGCAACAUUUCAUGCGUCGCCUGCUCCAUCGGCUCUACCAAUGCCCAGCUUCUACUCAAAAUCGAUUCCUGAAUCCCCGGGUCCGAGGCAAGACGCCCAGCAACAGACGUCCCCUCCCCCCACCGGCCGGGAGCGCGCUACACCGCAGCAUCCGGCGACCGCACCUAGGGCCCGCGAGUCUCCUCUUGACGCUAUUUUCAGGGCCGACAGAGCUGAGAGGGAAAAGGCCCGGCGGUCCAGUUCUCUCCAGUCGUCCGCUCAGCCAGACGGUUCCGAAUCCCCUGGCGUUCCUUCGUCAAGGGACAGUCACAAUAGCCCUUUCGUCCCCAAGCCUUUCAACACACACCCUGGGCACCGCAUGCCCAUUCAGCGGUCGUCUAGUGGUAUCUCGACAGCGGAGCUCGACGGAUAUUCCGGAAAGUCUCUUGGCCCUGCCUUCUCGACACCAUACCAAGAUCGCAUCCGCGCUGCUCGCGGCACUCACAGCCAGUCGCCGAACGGGUCGAGAGAUCUACAAACCCUACCCGUAGAAGACCGUUCUGAGGCUUUGAAGAAAUAUCUAUUUGGAGCUAAAGGUCCAGCGCCGUCCCCUCAACCGUCAGCUCCAGGUCCCCCGGCCCAGUAUGUCCACAACGGCUUCAUGGGAAACAACCCUGAACCCCAAGGUGGUCACUCUGCCGACUUGCGCGCGAUGGAGGACAAUUUGCGCCGUAUUCUCAAACUCGAAUCUCCAAUGGCAACCGCUAGCUCAGGAGAUCGCCCUCUGUACUCCUGA